AUGGCCAACGACCUGCCGAAAGACCUUCCCCGAAUUUCAAGCCCGGACAGGGCGACAAGCGAGGCAAAUUCGUCUACCCGGGUCCAUCUGGAUGCCCGGAGCAACAGAGACCGAAGCAUAGUGGCGCGGUACCGUUCUCCCUCCAGACGACCCUCGCCCUCGAGGAUUCCCGAACAGUCUCUAGCACGACAGGCAACGGCAAAUUCCCUAUCUCCAUUCUACUCAUCCCAGUCCUCGUCGUCACAACCGUCACAGAACGACCGAGCGCCUGCAGAAGACGUGCUGAGAGACCUCGUCAUCGCUGUGACUGAACCAGGCGGCAAUUCCUCUAGCGAUGUCCUUUUCCACGGCAUAAAACGGCCACAUGACGAUGAGGUCGCAGACGAGCCCCUCGCGAAGAGGGACAGGCUCGGUGAGGAGCUAGAUGAGCUAGCCGCAUCGCAUAGGGAAGCCUCAUCCACCACGGUGUCGCCAGCAUCCCCCGCUACGUUAACCUGGUCUGUUACCGUGGGAGUAAGGACCACGCUUCCUGUCAGACCAAACACGCGGCGGCGGCGGCAAAAGCUAGUUAACGGAACAGAGUCAUCUUACGGCGAUCCAUUAGGAAAUGUCGGAUCGAUGAGUCCUAGCGACGAUGACCCGGAGGAGGUGGAUGGAAAUCGGUAG